UUUGUGGCUGUAUAACUAAUCGGGGUGAGGCAUAAACUGCACGAGUUCCUCAUGAAAUAAACAGUAGUACUCUCCCCCCGUGUAGUGUUGACUUGCUAAGGCUCAUAAGGGAAGUACUUUUUGCGUGGUGAGUUUUAUUUACUAUGAAAAUGCUUGGUGGGAGACAAUCGAGAAGCUAUCAGUAAUUUUGUCAAAAGGUGGUGUGGGUUACACUUUUACCCAGAUAAAGCAGAACUGUCAUCAUCAACAGGAAGCCAGAGACAAAAGAGCACACACACACACACCAUGAACUUUUGAAAGCCUGUUUUUUUCACUCUGUUUUAGAAAAAAUAAUGUAUGUACCUGUUUGUAAAAGUCUGUGUCUGGAUGUUUGAGUUUUUCCUUCUUUUUUUAGUGAUAUACCACAAGCCAGUCAAAUCAGUGACGUGCCGACGCGUGUGAAAGUGAAAAGAGCUAAUCAAAAAACGGAUUUCUUACGUUUUAAAAUGCAGAAUGCAGUUGUCAAGGAGUUUCAAUUACCAUUUGGGGAUAACUAUGACAAAGAAAGGAGAAAAUGUGAGUAAUCUGUAGACUUGUUGACAGGUAGGGUGAGUCUUCCACGUUCUACGCAUAUUUAAUACUUACUGAUAAGUGUAGCCGUUUCUGCAGUUGGAUCGAGUUGUCACAUGGUGUGUUUCCUCUCUGGCACACUCAAACCCCAUUUCCCUAGUAGCUGGCUUCUGCCACAACAUCUGUGUUUCAAUCAGUAACUGACACACGUAUUUGCCAGCCUCCUUCGACUGCGUCUGACUUCACAAAGGUGGAAGGCCCCUACCCGCCCCAACAUGACAAAUACUAGUUAUAAACUGGACAACGCGACCCUCACCCUGUUUCAGAAUACACAGACCAGCAUCGUCAUCUCCGUUAUUUACAUGAUCGUCACUGCCAUUAACUUGUCAGGAAAUGGCAUGUCCAUGUGGCUCCUGCUCUUCCGUACCUCCCCAAAGACGCCGUCCAUCAUCUUCAUGAUUAACCUCACGCUCACGGAUCUGGCCCUGGGAUCUGCACUGCCUUUUCAGAUUUCCUACCAGCUGCAGGGAUAUGACUGGAGAUUGGGUCCGAGAAUGUGCAGUUUUCUGACCCUGGUCUUCUACACCAACAUGUACUGCUCCGUCCUUACUAUGAUGGCCAUUGGUAUCGACCGCUACCUGGGCAUCGUCAGACCCAUGAUGUUCAGACAAACCCGCCAAAGGAAGUCCAUAGCGGUCAUCAGCUGCUUUCUGAUGUGGGGUCUGGUCCUGGGGGUUCUUUAUCCUCUCAUGACCACAGACUUGACCUAUAACAUUCCUGAGCUUAACAUUACCACAUGCUUUGAUGUUCUGAAGAAAAAUAUGCUCCCUUCCGUGUCUGCCUGGGCCCUCUUCCUCUUCAGCAUGGUGUUUAUUCUCUUCUUCUUCCCUUUCUGUGUAACAACAUUCUGUUAUAUCAGUGUCAUCCGCAAGCUGGCCAGGGAUUCAAAAACAGCCCAGAAAAAGAGGGCCAUACGUUUGGCCAUUGUUGUUCUGCUCGUCUUUGUUUUGUGCUUUGCUCCCAACAACAUCCUGCUUUUGGUUCACAGUAUUCUAAGACUCUUCUAUGACAGGACUAUCUACAUGGCCUAUAAACUGUCACUGUGCUUCAGCUGCCUGAAUAGCUGCCUGGAUCCUUUCAUUUAUUACUUUGCGUCUAAAGAUUUCAGACAGAAGUUGAGAGAGAUAAUGCGUAUGCAAAGCUUGAGUAGUGCAGACUCAAUGAAGAUGGAGCAAAAAGAGACUUUGUUCAGUGGUCAGUAAGAAUGAGAGGAAAUGACGGUGUCAUAACUACCCAAGCUGGAUAAAAAAAAUAGUCAGAAAACCGUUGUAAAGCAACUGUGUAAAGCUAUUGCAACAUCAAUUGUGGGUUAAAAUUUCUAAAUGACUUUCUCUCUGGAUGUUACGUGACUCAAUGCCAAGUAUGACUUCAACUGCCUUUUUUGUUGCUGGAAUUUUUGGACUAAACAGCCACCUAUCUCUUAUAUUUGAAAUAUUGCUGUAAAUACAAACUUUUUUUUUUUUACCCUAUAUAUGUGCAACUGUAAAUAAAUGUAAAUAAAGCGUGUCAUACUGGUCUGCCUCUGUAAAUAUGAUUUGAAGCUAGUUUUAUUUUUGUACUUUUAUUGUGAAAAAUGUUAUCCCCUGUUAUACAAUUGAGUUGAACAUUUUUUUUGCUGCCAUUAAAGCUUAGACAAUAUGUUUUGUUUUUUA